UGACUUUGCUGAUCUUUGACUUGCUGAAUGGAAAGAAGACUGCUACACGCCUCCUACAGAUGUGAACUAAAGCUGUGGGACUGAUGACAAUUUUAUUCAGGAUAAUAGUUGAUUGAAGGAAAGAGGAAAUUGGAUGUGGCAAUAAGUUGUUUGUCAACAAAGGGACGUAAACAGAUAAACGAAUUGUCUGGGAAGGUGGGCGCUGACUAGACGAGUGCAGUCUCUUGGCGACGACAAGUCUUGGAGUAUCAGGAGGCAAUGGGAAAGAUUGUGUAUGUCGGGCUGUUGACAUUCGUCCUCAUCUGCACCUCAACAGAAGAAGUUGACGAGAAGAACACGACAGUCUCCAAAAGAAUGUUUGCAGCAUUUACAGAAGAUAAUUGCUUGAUCGACGGAAAGCUUUAUCGUCAUGGAACAAAUUUUUCCCAAAGCCUGUACAGUUCCUGUAACAAAUACCAUUGUGAAAAUGGAGUCGCAAAGAUUAUUGAAGAAGGUUGUUAUUAUUUUAGGUAUAAAAGAUGCUACCCUCUCGGCGCAAUCGUAGUACACGAAUGUCACACGUACACCUGCGUCAAGAGGUUAAAGGACAAAGACCCCGAGGUCUACCGCUUCCGAAACAUCGGCCCUGCAAAGUGCAAGGAUUACUAUGGUCUGUGUCGGUUGCCCGGGGAAACGUCUGCCUUCAAAAAGAACGGCACUCUAUACCCCUCCUGUGUCUGUCGCCAAGGCACCAAUGGCAUGCUGCAGUUCCACUGUGACACCAAAUGAGGACCAACUCCCCCCAACCGUCAUGCUUGUAGUCCCUGCGCUUCCUAUGAAAUAAUCUUGACUACAACCUUCGUAUCAAAACAUUUGGAGGUUGCUGUUAUAUUGCCAUCGACAGCUUGUAUUAAAACUUGCAUAGUUAAGUGUUUAAUAGUUUUAUAUUUCAAUUUGUUAGGUCGUGGAUUCGAUCCCUGAUGUUUGCUUUAUUAACUUGUGAAGUUGCACACUUUACUGAAUGGGGAAGAUAGCGGGAGAGAAGGAAAGAAGAAAAGCUUAUAGCAAGACGACAAAUGAAGUGCAGCAGGCAGACUUAAAAACAAUAGGAGAAGAAGGAAUUGACGAAUCUAUCGAUAACCAACAUUUGAGAGAAGGGAAGGAACUUUUAUUUCUGGUGCCUUGAGGUAGGACACGGGACCUUGUCACUCCUCUCCUUCGUUGUCUGUACUGACUACCUACCCGUCCUCACAUUCAGUACAAACUGUGUGUGCUGUGUCUUCAUUUCUUUGUUGGCUCCUGCCCUAACUAUUCUUCUGAACUUCUCUUUCCUUACGAUGACCAUAUCCUCACUAUUUCUGCCACCAGAGCAACAACAUGUUAUUUUAUUAGUUUGCUGUGACUUUUGAACUAACACAUCCAUUUCAAAAUUGUUUUCUGUCCAUUAUUUUAGAACAAAUUUUUAUUCAGCUUUUGUGGUCGCUACUUAUAAUCUUGGGACACUCUCUAUAUGUGACACCUGUUUGCAGGUCUGGGCGUAGGGGUUUCUCCGGGUACUCACGCUAUUU